GAAUGGCAGCCAGCAAACGACCUCUAGUUUAGCGACUUAACAUUAACUUAGCGACUAUUAGCUCACUCUCAUUACACUGCGGUGGCAUUGGUGAGCUGCUGGAUGACAGAACAAACAUAACGUUUAGAUUAAAGAUGUUGAGGUUAGCAUCUGGAAGACGCAUAUUUUAUGAGGUUUCAGUGUGGAGAUGUGUCCAGCAGAUAAACACUCUGGCAAACUACUCAACCAGAGCUCAGCGGCUGUUUCCCUGCCGGACCUCCUCAGGGUUUGUCCCAUCACCAGCUUCCACCACCAGGCUGCUGAGCAUCAGGCCUGUGAGCUGGAUGUCCUCCCGUCUCUGCCAAGGGGAUUCACGAAGGGGCUCCUCAGAGGGAGGGAGCACCAAGGAGGGCCAAAGCUUAGGGGCCCUUGUUCAGGCUCCCAAACCAGCCCUGUACCUCGGUAUCUCCGGGCUCAUCCCCUUCCUGUCUGCCCCUCUCGUGAUGGCUGCCUCUCAGUGCUUCUACCCUGAGGUGGCAUACGCUCAAGUCGUCUACGGAGCCUGUAUUGUUUCUUUCCUCGGAGGCGCCCGCUGGGGGUUUGCCAUCCCUGCCGGUAGUCCUGCUCAGCCAGACUGGAUGAACUUGGGUAACAGCGUGGUGCCUUCACUCCUGGCCUGGCUGGCGCUACUCUGCAGGGACAAUAUUACAGAGGGAGCCCUGGUCGUCAUCAUGGGACUGGGUCUGUCACUGCAUUACGACCUGACCCUGCUUCCGGGGUACCCCGCCUGGUUCAAAGCCAUGCGAACCGUCCUUACUCUGGUCGCCACAUUCUCGCUGGUGGCUACACUGACAAUUAAAAAAUUCUUUACGGAGAAGAAGUUGAAAGAUAUUAAGGACUGAUUUAAGAGACAAUUUUGUACUUUAAGCAGUAUUCACUGAAUAAAAAUGUCAAA